AUGGCGCGGCGCGGCGCGGGCGGCGCAGGCUCCGGGCGACCGCCGAGGGCGGGACGGCGGCGGCGGGCGGAGGGGGAAGAGGAGGAGCCCCGGGGGCGGGGCUGCGCGGAGGCCGCCGUGGGCCCGGGAGGGGGGCCGAGCUCGGCCGCCACGCCCCCGCCCAGGACCCGGUCCCCACCGACGCCCCCUGCCGCGCGCUCCCGGGGCGCGCUGGAAACGGCCCUGCGAUAUUCCCGGUUCGCCCAGAUAGGAGUGCACCUGACGACCACAAAACAAGCCGGCUUUCUGCGGAUUUCUUGUCCUCCUCGUCGUGGUGGCUUGGUUUUGUUUUUCGAGCAAGGAGAGAGAGGGAAAGAGAGACGAUGGGUGUGCCUAAGGGUCUCUAGCCCUUGCAGACGAACAACAGAUGCCCGCACCACUUUGUGCGUCUGGCUUUAUAUUCCAGACAUGCGCCUCUGGCAUCCUGUGAAUACUGAGGAAUUGAACCACAUCAGGCUUUGCAAGCAAAGGAUCCAGAUCAAAGCCAGCCAAGUACAACAAGCUCUCAGGACAAAGUCUGGACAGUCUCAACAAGGCUGCUGCUGUCAACCCCCGCGCGGUCAGGGUGCUGCCUCAAUUACCCUCCCAGCUGCGACAUGUGACUAUAGGCUUGGAUAUUGCCAAUGGGGACAAUCGCCUCUACUUAUCUGUCCAGAGUUUCACUUGCAGUCUCAUUAUAUAGGCUCGAUUGAAGAUUGUCCAUGAGAUGGAACUCAAGUUUCCAAGUACGCUGGUACUGCAGUGGCAGAAAGCACCCACCUGGGUGACUUGGCUGGUUGUCCUGGCAUGGCCAGCCCCUGCUGAACAAAGACUCUUCUAUCAGACCUUCCGGAGUGAAGACUUAACUUCCCUCUGGAUGAGGAUGAAUGCUUCACUAUCUAGGCCAGCACCUGAACCCUUCGGCCGAACUAUCUUAUAGCAAAACAAACAUGGUUCUGUCACUUAGAGGAGCCUCUGGGGAAUCAAAGGUUCCUAAACUCCAUUUCCUAAUACCUUUGUCCAUCAGUCAAGUAUUAUAAUCUCACCAACAAUACUCAUAUGACAUUGAACCACAGUUCAA